ACUCACAGCGACAGUAUGGCGGCGGGCUGGUGCUGUAGGGAUGCUGCUUACGCCGCUUUCUUCACAAUGUAAUAAGGAUAUCGUCUACUUGUGGAAAGACAGUCAUCCCCGAGGCCUGACGCCGUGAUCCCGAAAAGAUGGCGAGGCUCGCCGAUUACUUCGUUGUAGUCGGCUACGAUCUGGAUAAGAGAGGAGGUAGUGAAGGUCAAGGUCGGAUUCACCAGCGUUUCCCAGAGAAGGACUGGGAAGAUAACCCCUUUCCACAAGGCCUUGAGCUGUUCUGUCAGCCCAGUGGAUGGCAGCUGGCUCCUGAGAGAAAACCUUCAUCUUUCUUCGUGGCCGUUCUCACUGACAUCAACUCAGAGCGGCAUUACUGUGCCUGCUUCACCUUCUGGGAGUCCGUGGAGAACCCGCAGCUGCAGAAAGGAGAGCCCAGUGAGGCGGAUGAAGAUGACAGUCCAGACGUGCUCCAGCCUGCUCAACUCUACGCUCCUAGAAGCCUCGUCCUCGUAUCCCGAUUGGACCACACAGAGGUUUUUAGGAACUGUUUGAGCCUCAUCUACACUGUUCAUGUCGAUGGCCUCACUGUUCCCAUGGAAACAGUGAUCGGAAACCUCCUCACCUGCAUCAUUCCUAUAGCUGGCGGCUCUCAGAGGACUAUAACGCUUGGCGCGGGCGACAGGCAGGUCAUCCAGACGCCCAUCAACGACUCUCUGCCUGUGAGCGGCUGCAGUGUGGCUCAGCUUUUCAGACAGCUCGGAAUCGUGAAUGUGCUCUGUCUGUUUUGUGCUGCUUUGACUGAGCACAAGAUCCUGUUCCUCUCCAGCAGUUACCAGCGGCUGACGGACGCCUGCAGGGCUCUGCUGGCCAUCAUGUUCCCACUCAAGUACAGUUUUACAUACGUUCCCAUUUUACCGGGGAAGCUGCUGGAGGUGCUCAGCAGUCCGACACCCUUCAUCAUCGGAGUCAACUCACACUUCCGCUCAGAGACUCAGGAGCUACUCGACGUAAUCAUUGCAGACCUGGACGGAGGCACAGUGACCAUUCCCGAGUGUGUCCACAUAUCCGUGCUCCCUGAGCCACUUCUCCACCACACACAGACUGCCAUCUCCAUGGUUCUGGAUCCAGAGCUGGAAGUGGCUGAUCACGCUUUUCCUCCACCUUCCAUUCAACCCUCCGCUCUUAAGAUUCAGGAUAAAGAGAUCCGCGCUGUCUUCCUGUGGCUGUUCUCGCAGCUCUUUCAGGGCUAUCGGUGGUGUUUGCACAUCAUUCGCAUCCACCCUGAACCCGUCAUCCGCUUCCAUAAGGCUGCUUUUUUGGGGCAGCGAGCACUAUCUGAGGAUGACUUCCUGAUGAAGGUGCUGGAUGGCAUGGCCUUCGCCGGGUUUGUGUCUGAACGCGGUCCUCCGUAUCGAGCCACUGACCUGUUUGACGAUCUCAUAGCCAAUCAGGUGGAGCGCAUUCGAAAGGAGACUGGAGAUCCUCAUAAAGUCAUGAAGCACAUUAAGGAGCUGGCGGAGCAGCUUUUCAAAAAUGAGAACCCGUACCCUGCAGUGACCAUGCACAGAGUCCAAAGGACAGCUGAAAGCGCACAUCCUCGGCUGCCACAGACCUCUUUUCCCCUGCUGGAUGAGGUGGCCGUGCAGCUCUUCAUAGACCACGCUACAGCUAAGCUCAAAACUGCCCCGCCGGUGGUCAAAGCCGAACUCAAGAGCAUGGUUCCAACCGGACCGCCGCUCGGUGAGACAAAGUUCACUUACAUUGACUUUGUGGACCGUAACGGGAAUGUUCUGGCGAACAGCGCCAGGAGGUUAGAAGUGGUCCGGAACUGCAUCACAUACAUUUUUGACAAUAAAAUGCUGGAGGCCAAGAAGUUGAUGCCGGCAGUAUUACGGGCUCUGAAAGGACGAGCAGCUCGUGUUUGUUUAACGCAGGAGCUCAAUCUUCACGUCCUGCAGAAUCGAGCUGUUCUGGACGACCAGCAGUUCGACUACAUCGUCCGCAUGAUGAACUGCACCCUACAGGAUUGUUCUCAUAUGGACGAACAUGGCAUCGCUGCUGCUCUGCUGCCGUUGGUCACGGCUUUCUGUCGGAAACUUGGUGGAGGAAUCACUCAGUUCGCCUACAGCUGCGUUCAGGAGCACAUGGUGUGGACCAAUAUGCAGUUCUGGGAGGCCAUGUUUUACAGUGAUGUCCAGAAACACAUCCGGACGCUCUACCUGGAGAAUGGCGAGGAGGGAGACGCAUCCAGUCCUAAUCAGCUCAGCGCUCUUGAGCUGGCAUCAGAACAGAGUCGUCUGUGGCCCACGCUGAGUAAAGAGCAGCAGCAGGAGCGAGUCCAGAAAGAGGAGAGCACAGUGUUCAGUCAGGCCAUCCACUACGCAAACCGAAUGAGUUACCUGCUUCUGCCCCUCGACACCAGCAAAAACCGCCUGCUCCGCAACACCGGCCUUGGGGACGUCGAGAGCGUCAGCAACAGCUACGUCACCAACAGUAUUGCGGGCAGCAUGGCAGAAAGCUACGACACCGAGAGCGGCUUCGAGGAUGCCGAGAGCUCAGAUGUUGCAAACUCCGUUGUUCGUUUCAUCAACCGAUUUGUUGACAAAGUGUGUAACGAGAGCGGCGUCACCAACGAACACCUAAAAGCCCUCCACACAAUGAUACCAGACAUCGUUCAGAUGCACAUCGAGACGCUGGACGCGGUUCACAGGGAGAGCAAACGUCUGCCGCCCAUCCAAAAGCCUAAGCUUCUGAGGCCAACUCUGCUGCCUGGUGAGGAGUUUGUUAUGGACGGGAUGCGGGUGCACCUUAUCACAGAUGGUCGAGAGGAGGCCACGGGCAGUAUGGGAGGACCACCGCUGCUCCCUGCUGAGGGGGCAAUCUUUCUCACUUCUUAUAGGCUCAUCUUCAAGGGCACUCCCACAGAUCCGCUUGUUGGAGAGCAGGUGGUCACUCGCUCCUUCCCUGUCGCCUCCCUCACGAAAGAGAAGCGGAUUUCUGUUAGUCUUCCCAUGGAUCAGUUCAUCCAAGAGGGUCUCCAGUUGCGAUCCUGCACUUUUCAGCUGAUGAAGAUCGCCUUUGACGAGGAGGUGGCGUCAGAUCUGGCUGAGGUGUUCAGGAAACACAUGCACAAGCUCAGAUACCCACAGCACGUCCAGGGCACGUUUGCCUUCACUGUGGGUCAGUCUGCCAAACUGGUGGUUGAGCACAAAACCAAGGACAAGAACCAGUCACUCAAAACGCUGUCCAGAAACCUGGUCAAGACCGCAAAGAGGACCAUUGGGCGUCAGUAUGUGACCCGAAAGAAAUAUUCUCCACCGACCUGGGAGAACCGCAGCAGUAUGCAGUCAGAAAUGGACGAGGAUGAGAUCUCUGUUUCUGAAGAGCCCGAGCCCAGUUCAUUGACGCUCUCGUCCACCAUCCGCUCAUCUGACCGUCAAACCAUGAGUAAUGUGGUGGAGCGGGCCUGCUGUCGGGACUACCAACGGUUGGGACUGGGCACGCUCAGUAACAGCCUGACCCGCUCCAAAAACGAGCCCUUCCGCAUCUCCACCGUCAACCGGAUGUACACUGUAUGCCGAAGUUAUCCAGGGUUACUGAUUGUCCCUCAGAGCAUCCCUGAUUCCACCAUCCAGCGUAUUUGCCGCUGUUACCGGCAGAACCGUUUCCCUGUUGUUUGCUGGAGAAACUCGCGCACUAAAGCUGUGCUGCUGCGAUCAGCCGGUCUGCAUGCUAAAGGAGUCGUGGGCUUCUUCAAAUCACCCAAUGCACCCACUGCAGGCCCGUCUCAGGCUGACUCCACCAGCCUGGAGCAGGAGAAGUAUCUGCAGGCCAUCAUCAGCUCCAUGCCCUCAUACAGCGAGACCAGCGGGAGAAACACACUCAGCGGCUUCACCUCUUCACACAUGAGCACCUCAGGGAAAUGGGGCAGUAUUCGUGGAAGUGGUCGGCUCAGUACGUAUAACCCUGAUGUGGGGAACAGGCUAGCUGGGAAAGAGUCACCGCAGGCUAAUGGAGGCCCAAGCGAGACCUACUUCCUUCGGCAACAGAGAGCGUACUUGUUCAUCAUUGGAGACAAGUCCCAGCUUAAGGGUGGAAAGCAGGACUCCUUCCAGCAGUGGGAGGUGGUGCCCAUCGAGGUCUUCGACGUACGGCAGGUGAAGAACAGUUUCAAGAAGCUGAUGAAAGCCUGUGUGCCUUCCUCCCUAAGCUUUGACGCAAACAUGACCUUUCACCGCUGCCUGGAGGAGUCCGAGUGGAUGAAUCUGCUUCACAGGGUUUUACAGGUGUCUGUUCUUGUUGUGGAGCUUCUUGACAAUGGUUCCUCGGUCAUGGUUAGUUUGGAGGACGGCUGGGAUGUAACAACACAGGUGGUGUCCCUUGUGCAGCUGCUGUCAGAUCCGUACUACCGAACCAUUGAUGGCUUCCGGCUGCUCGUAGAGAAAGAGUGGCUGUCGUUCGGCCAUCGAUUCAGCCAUCGUGGUGCUCAAACGCUCGCCAGUCAGAGCAGCGGAUUCACACCAGUCUUCCUCCAGUUUCUGGACUGUGUGCACCAGAUUCAUCUGCAGUUCCCCAUGGAGUUUGAGUUCAGUCAGUAUUACCUCAAGUUUCUAGCCUACCACUACGUCUCCAACCGUUUCCGCACCUUCCUGUUGGACUCCGAUUAUGAGCGCAUCGAGCUCGGAGUCUUAUAUGAGGAAAAAGGUGAGAGGAAGAGCACUCAGGUGUGCAAGUCUGUCUGGGAUUACAUUGACCGGCUCAACAAAAAGACCCCCAUAUUCUACAACUACAUGUUUUCACCUGAGGAAGAAGAGGUCUUAAAGCCCUACAGUUUCGUCUCCAACUUAAAGGUUUGGGACUUUUACACAGAGGAAACGCUUUCUGAGGGUCCGUCCUUUGACUGGGAGUUAGUGCAGGGUCGGCAGGAGAAGCCACAGGAGGAAGCUGGGGACAAACAAGAGACGACGGCCCCCAAAUCCAAAAGGAGGAUCGUAUGGCCCUGCUAUGACAACCUCAGUAAAGUAGUGCCUGAUGCCAUCACCAAACUACUGCAGGAUGUGCAGAACCUGGAAACUGAGCUGGGACAGCCUACAGAGAAGUGGAAGGACACAUGGGACAAGAUUAAAACGACCCAGCGGGUGGAGUCCAGACUAGAGAGCAGGCAUUCGUUCUCCAGCUCUCUGCUGAUGUCCUCUAAUCUGAGCCACCAGCGGCGCUCUCAGGGAGUCUAUCUGCAGGAGAGCGGCGUUGGCUCCUCCAUCAAUCUGGCUCUAGACUGUGAAGUCAGCGCUACAUCUACACCCGCUGCGGGACGGCCCAGUACCAGCACUCUCUACAGCCAGUUCCAGAGCACUGAGAGCGAGAACAGGAGCUUUGAGGGUAUUUUAUAUAAAAAAGGCGCUUUGCUAAAACCUUGGAAACCCCGUUGGUUUGUACUGGAUAAGACCAAACACCAGUUGAGAUACUACGAAACAAGGCAAGAUAAAGAGUGCAAAGGAAUGAUUGAACUGGCUGACGUGGAGUCUGUCAUUCCGGGGACGCCUGCCAUGGGAGCCCCUAAAAACAUAGACGACAAAGCCUUUUUUGAUCUCAAGACGACCAAAAGAGUGUACAACUUCUGUGCCCAGGACAGCUCAAAUGCGCAGUCAUGGAUGGACAGUAUUCAGGGUUGCCUAUCUGAUGCGUAGGUGUCGGAUCCUAGCAGACAACAUAACUGUGACGCAUAGUAAAGAGGAGGGGCGGAGCCAGUGACGGACAGAGGCCUCAUAGCCAAUGGGGAGCCACUCCCCGGGCGUUUACAGAGGAAACAGGGCUUCCCUAUUGGUGUUAUUGAACUUUGCGAUGUCGCAUCUCAUUUCAAAGACUGAUAUCCGUGCUCGGCUUCAAAACACUUCCUUCACUUGUUUGAAAAAAAGGCAUGACCUGCGAGUCUUCUUCAGUUAUCGCUCGCAUCCCAUAAUUAUCGCUCCAAUACUGCCACCUUUCAGCUAUGCAGGGGCUCAAAAAUGCCCACUAACUAGCCACACAGCUACUAACUACUCACUAUUCCAUGGUUCGGAGGCAAGUCUAGACUAUUGCAUCGAUUUCCUGCCUUCUCAUUGGCCGGUUAAGUUCUCACACUCCCUACCGAUUGGUCGGUUUCAUCACGCAACGGUUCAUGAAGGAUUUUGUGUCUCUUUUUGUGUCAUUCGUUAUGAGAUAAUAUGAAAGCUAAAGAUCCAUUCCUUGCCGUUUUUAUUUGACGACUAAAAGCCAUCUGGAGAUUUCCAAUUUUGCCAGUUUACGAAGAAAUUACAAACCACUAAAUUUUUAAGGGAUGUUGAAGGAAAAUGGAGGGAUGUAUUGUGUCGUAUUUAUGCACAGAUGAUAAUUCAAUUAUUUUUCGUUAUUAUACGAAAGGCGCAGACUAAAAGUGAGUGGACGGUGUGCGUGGAGGGGUUUUUAUAACCUUUUUUGUUUCAUCAAGUGUCUGUUUACACCAAUCGGAGGCCAGAGGCUGGAACUUCAUGGAAAUAAUGACAAAAUAUAUGCAAACCUGUAAAUAUGCAUUCCAAAACAGAUAUCAGAUCUGCCAUAUCUACUUAGAUCGCAAAACUGAAUCCCAUAAUCGAAGGUGGAUGUCAUCCGCUUCCGAUAUCCAGCCUCUGAGCCUCGGAUCUGUCAAAAAUCAGUGUUUUAGUUGUAGUCUGUUACCUGUUUUCUGUUUUGAAUCCUGUACAUAGAGGAGUUUGUUUAUAUUAUUCCUUUAGAGAGAGAGGAGAGCGAGAGAGAGUCUAUUUUGCUGGACUUGGACUGAGGAUGCAUAAAAGUAUCACCUGUUUAUCACAGGAUCUUUUGUUUUUGUUUUUUUAAUUGCAGAUACACAAACUAAUACACACACACACACACACACACACUGUAAAAUAGGGUAAUACUUCCGAAUUGUUGACGACGAAAUUUGAAUUGUAGAUUUUUGUUCCAAUAACUCCCUUUGUAUAUAAUAUUCAAAUGUGUAUGUUAAUGGUAGUAAUUUAUUUAACUUUUGUCUCCUGAAAUAUGACAGCACCACUUAACUUUUAAAUUAGAGAUCCAAUAUGUGCCAUUGUUUAUCUCCGUGUUAACGUGACUAAUGAUAUAUAUAUUUUUUUUUGGAAACCUUCAGAUGUGACUCAAAUAAACCCGAAAUUUUUUCUUUUUUUUUUCGUUUCUUCCAGUCGUCCUGGUUUUCGUAACGUUUGAGUUUUUUCUCACAGCAAAAACUGCGUAACAUUUUUUUUUGUUUGUUUUCAAACUUUUUUUUAAAUUCGAUUCUCUCAUCUGAACCAGGUUGUGUUGUCAAUCAUGCCAUAUAUUUUUUAGGAUUAAACCACUGUGGGGUUCCAUGACCUCCUGA